UUCGCAGAGAGAUUAUCCCAGAGAGAAGCACUGUUGAAGAAGAUCACUAGAGGUUUCUUGCUGCUGAGGACUUAGGGAAAAUGCUCGAUUCCUCGCGUUGGAGACUUGAUUCUAUGGAGCGAUGGAAGUACAAUCACUGAAGCCGAUCAUUUUUGGCGGGUAGCUAAAAUAUCCGUUAGACGCGAUAAGAAGCAAGCAUGAUGCUCUCGUAUCAUCCUCUCACCGUUCCCUCUUGUCACACAUUCCAUUUCCUUCCUUCUUCUUCCGAUCCUCCCUACGACAUUAUCCGAAGCCACACUUCUCUUUCUCUUCUCCUCAAUUGCAAAACUCUCAAAUCUCUACGCAAAAUCCACGCUCAGAUGAUCAAAACCGGCCUCCACAACACCAAUUACGCUCUCAGCAAGCUUAUUGAGCUCUGCGUUCUCUCUCCACACUUUGAAGGCCUUACUUAUGCGAUCUCUGUUUUCGAGACGAUUCAGGAGCCGAACCAGCUGAUUUGGAACACAAUGCUUCGAGGGCACGCGUUGAGUUCGGACCCCGUUUCAUCUCUCAAGCUUUAUGUUUCCAUGAUUUCACUUGGGCUUCUUCCUAAUUCCUACACGUUCCCGUUUCUCUUGAAAUCUUGUGCAAAAUCGAAUACUUUAAGGGAAGGGCAACAGAUCCACGGGCACGUUCUGAAAUUCGGGUAUGGUCUAGAUCUCUACGUACACACUUCUCUGAUCUCCAUGUACGCUCAAAACGGGAGAUUAGAAGACGCGCAACAGGUGUUCGAUAGAAGUUCUCACCGAGAUGUGGUUUCCUACACAGCUUUGAUCACCGGUUAUGCAUCCAGAGGCUAUACGCAAAGUGCCCAGAAGAUGUUUGAUGAAAUUCCAGAUAAAGACGUAGUGUCAUGGAAUGCAAUGAUUUCAGGGUAUGUCGAAACCGGUUACUAUAAAGAAGCGUUCGAAUUGUUUGAAGAUAUGAUGAAGUCGAACGUUAGUCCAGACGAGAGUACAAUGGUCACUGUACUUUCUGCUUGUGCUCAGUCUGGGAGUAUUGAAUUGGGUCGUCAGGUACAUUCAUGGAUUGAUGAUCAUGGGUUCGGUUCAAAUCUCAAGAUUGUUAAUGCUCUCAUCGAUUUGUAUUCAAAAUGUGGUGAAGUGGCGACAGCAUGUGGUCUGUUCGAGGGAAUGUCGUACAAGGAUGUAGUUUCUUGGAAUACCUUGAUUGGUGGUUACACACACAUGAGUCUUUACAAAGAAGCAUUGCUGUUGUUUCAAGAAAUGCUGAGAUCAAAUGAAAGUCCAAACGAUGUGACGAUGCUAAGUAUUCUUCCUGCUUGUGCACACCUUGGAGCCAUCGAUAUUGGAAGAUGGAUUCAUGUGUAUAUUGCCAAGAAAUUAAAGGGUGUUACAAAUGCUUCUUCUCUCCGGACUAGCCUCAUCGACAUGUAUGCUAAAUGUGGAGACAUAGAGGCAGCACACCAAGUGUUCAACAGUAUGCUCCAUAGAAGCUUGUCGUCUUGGAACGCAAUGAUAUUUGGGUUUGCGAUGCACGGGAGAGCCAAUGCAGCAUUCGAUCUUUUCUCAAGAAUGAGAAAGAAUGGGAUUGAACCAGACGGUAUCACCUUUGUUGGUUUGCUCUCUGCUUGUAGCCACUCGGGUAUGUUAGACCUUGGACGCCGUAUUUUCAGAUCAAUGACACAGGACUACAAUAUAACUCCGAAACUAGAGCACUACGGCUGCAUGAUUGAUCUUUUGGGUCAUUCGGGUCUAUUCAAUGAGGCAAAAGAAAUGAUAAACACGAUGCCAAUGGAGCCCGAUGGAGUGAUUUGGUGCUCCCUUCUCAAAGCUUGCAAGACGCAUGGGAAUCUUGAACUGGCGGAAUCAUUUGCACAAAACCUCAUGAAGGUUGAACCAGAAAACCCAGGUUCUUAUGUACUUCUAUCUAACAUCUAUGCAACAGCAGGAGAAUGGAACAAAGUAGCAAAAAUACGAGCGCUCCUCAAUAAUAAAGGUAUGAGGAAAGUUCCCGGUGGCAGCUCUAUCGAAAUAAAUUCUGAGGUUCAUGAGUUCAUCAUUGGGGAUAAAGUCCAUCCACGGAACAGAGAAAUCUACGGAAUGUUAGAAGAAAUGGAGGUGUUACUGGAGAAAGCCGGGUUUGUUCCGGACACUUCUGAAGUCUUGCAGGAGAUUGAAGAAGAAUGGAAAGAAGGAGCACUCAGGCAUCACAGCGAGAAGCUAGCUAUUGCAUUUGGGUUGAUCAGUACGAAACCUGGGACUAAACUUACGAUAGUGAAGAAUCUAAGAAUUUGCAGAAAUUGUCAUGAGGCUACAAAGCUUAUUUCCAAGAUUUACAGAAGGGAGAUUAUUGCCAGGGACAGAGCUCGGUUCCACCAUUUCAGAGACGGUGUGUGUUCUUGCAAUGACUGCUGGUAAAAGAACGCAUGAAACAAAUAGAAAAGGACCCUAAAAUAUAUCUAAGAAGAUACAUUUAUGCAAAGUAUAUACAUACAUGUAAAUAAAGAGUUUUGGGAAAUCUUUAUGGUCACUCAGCUGUUUGAUACACGCAUCUUUCUCAAACUGACCGAUUAAGAUUUAGAUGUGUAUGUCCAUAUCUUCAGAGUUGAGAUGAGAUGCCUUGCUUGGUGCUUUUAUUUAGUGUAA